AUGAUCGAACAUAAAUCUUCGAAGCAAAUGAAUGGUUCAUUAAUGAACAUGGAUUUGCCGUGCAGUUCAAAAUGUGAUGUUGCAAAGAUGGAACAUUUAUCAUCUGAGGAGGGCAUUAUAAUUGAUUUAACAAAUGAUAAUGAUAAUGAUCAGAGUUCGUCAUCAAGUAUAGCAUCUCCAAAGAAUGAGGAAAUUAGGGAUGACUUAUCGAAUAUUGGUGAAUUUUCGGAAAAAAUAGAUGAAAUUGAUGAUGGAGAGUUAGAAGCUGACGACAUAUCGAAUGUUGUAAGGCAGUAUAGUAUGGAUUGUGAUUUUGGCCGAUAUAUUUCUCAACCUGGCACAGCGGAUUGCAUUGAAUUAAGAAGUAUGCUGGCGAAAGCAGUUCAGCUGGAAAAAUUUGAACGAGAAGUGAAAAAGAUAAAAUCACAUUUAACGGGUGUCGGCGAAUUUUUAAUGAUGAUCUCGAGGAUAGGAACUGAAAAUGGUUCAACGAGAGAGAGAAUUACAUUGGACCGUUUUGGGCGUAAGGUCGAGAAUACCGUAUAUAAAAGGAAUUGGUCCUAUCAUCCUGAAAUAGUGCGUACUAUAGCCGCUGUUGAUUCCACCACUUUUUCUAUUCGAUUACAAGAUGGUGUUCUUUUAAGUGAACUUCCACCUCCUCCACCUCAUCCAAAAAAUCCUGAUGAUAUUCGGAAAUUGGUUCGUUCAAAAAUGGUUCGUUGUAAAAAAUGUAGAAGUCGAUUUAUUGAGAAGAAUUUGUAUGAACGACAUCUCCGUGAUAAGCAUUCUACGGAAUAUAUUGCUUAUCUUAUUCAACAAGAGGAAGAAAUUGCUGAGCAGAGGAUGGCUGAAUUAGAAGCGAACCGAAUUGAGGAAAUCGCAUCUGGUGGUUACAUACCUCCUGAAUCCGAAAUUGUUGCGGAAGGAUACGAUAUCGAAGUAGAAAAAAUACCGUUGCCGGGAGAAUUGAGUGGUGGUGUUCCAGCUCGGUUUGAUAAAAAUGGUUUUCUUCGGCAGCCUAAACGCUCGUAUAAAAAAAAGGUUUCGCCCCAGUGUCUUUUUUGCGACAAACGUUUCCGUAAUGAAGUAUCCUUGAAAAAACAUUUAGUGAAGAAACAUCCGGAUGCUGUUGAAUUUAUACAGUGUCUUCGAUGCUUUAAGGCUGUCAAAUCAAAAAAAGAUUGGGAAACUCACGAUUGUGACUUGACAUUUAUGUGUUUUGAAUGUAUACCACUGCGUAAUCUAUGUACUCAGCAGAGGCUUCUCAAUCAUAGAGCAAAAUUUCAUAGAGGCACCAACUCAGGAUUCAAAUGUAAUAUGUGUAGCUUGAAGUUUUUAACGCCACGCAAACUUCGUAAACACAAGAAGAUGUCACAUGUUUUUACGAAAACUUAUCCAUGUCAUUUCUGUGACGAAAUUUUCACAAGUGAAUGUUCGGUAACAACGCAUGAGAGAAUCCAUACUGGUAUAAUAAAAUUCGAAUGUCGUAUUUGUGAUUAUAAGUGUAAUCGGUACACUUGGAUGGAAGAACAUCAAAAGGAAGAACAUGGAUAUAUUUGCUCAGUAUGCCAGCACAAAUGUGCUGAAUGGAGUUCGUUAAAAGAUCACACUCUCAUGGAGCAUGGCGGUUAUCUAACCAGUGAGUCAAACGCAGGAAUUCGUUCAGUUUGGUUUAAAGGUUUGGAUAGCUUAUUGUUUUAA